AUGAAGUCAUGGCUUUGGAGACAGACUAUACUUCUUGGUGGCGUUUGGCAUCUUGCUCAUGCCCUUCAACAGUUCCCUGAAAACUCCUCACAGAAAGGUCUCGUCUUGACCCAUGCGUCUUCGAACUUGAAGUUUUCACCAGAUUGGAAGGUACUGGGUCCUUUCAGACUGGGCACACGCGAAGCUGUCUGGGGAGCUGAUCCUGUCGAAUACCUGGGAGGUAUCACGAAUAUCACUUACAAUGAGGACGACUUUUACCAUAGCCCUCUUGCAGCGGAUGCACAUGUGAAAUGGGAAAGCCGCGCCUAUAACCCCGAAAACUCUGGAAAGGGUGCAUCGAUCGAUCUGAGCUUGCACUAUCCAGACAUUGAUUGGCAGUUCGCUCGGCAAAUCUAUGGAUGGGCUGCUCUUCAAUUUCAAGCAUGGAUUGUUGGUGAGUUAUUGUGGUCAGGCGACAGUUCACAGACCGCUGUUCUAUACACAGACAAUGUCUUGGAGCUUUGGGUUGGUGACAAUCAUAUCUUUGGAGGCGACUUUUACAGUUUUCGACGCGCACCGAUCUUGAUUCAUCUGCGUCCCGGUGUCAAUGUUGUCAAAGUGCGCAUGCUUGGUGAUAUACGAUCUAUGGGUGGACAGUCACCCCCUAGCCUGCAGGCUAGGUUAGAGACAAACCUAGCAUAUGAUGUACUCGCGGUCGACUCCCCUGGGGUAAUAAUCCCAGAUGUUAUCAAAGGACGCUUCACCAGCCUGUAUGGAAGUAUCACCGUCCGUAACCAGGCUGAGAAAUGGGUCAAGAUUGAUCAUAUAGCCACCUCACGUGACUUUGGCAGGUCUAUUCUGUCCGAUGGUGUAAUCUGGCUGGCUCCUGGUCAGUCCAGACCACUCAAAGUUGUCCUUGAUUUGGAGGUAGGGUUGGACAAAAGCAUCAAUUUCCGGCUGAGCUAUACGCCGGAGGACUCCUUGUCGUUGCAAAUAGAUUUUGCAACCACAUUGAACCAUGCAAUUAUUACUGACUCACACAAGGUCACCUUUCUUCAUCCAAGUGGCGUGGUCUCAUAUGCAAUACUUCGGCCUCCACGCUACCAUCUAACCUCUGAAAUUUCGGAAACGUUACCUGUUCUCGUAGCCCUCCAUGGUGCAGGGGUGGAAGCUGACAGUCCCCUCGUCAAAACCGCGUUUGACGCAAUUCCAGACCUACCGGGCUGGAUUCUUUCUCCCUCAGGAAUGAGCACUUGGAGUGGCGAUGAUUGGCACACUUGGGGUUUUGCUGAUGUUGAAGCUGCAAUCACGAUGAUCCCUGAUUGGAUCAAAAAUAUCAAGUGGACAGGUCCUGGAGUCUGUCUUCACCGAGUUUUGGUCGCUGGCCAUUCCAAUGGUGGUCAAGGGACAUGGUUUUUCAGCACACACCGGCCUGAUCGCGUUCUUGCUGCAGCUGCGGCUUCUGGAUACACCUCCAUUGAGAAUUAUGUCCCUUUUACCCUAUGGCAAGAAGCAGAUCCUUGGCAGACUGCUGUUGUUCAAACUGCACGAGGUAACUAUCGUCACGAACUAUUGGUCGAAAAUCUGAUAGGGAUACCCAUUCUGCAACAGCAUGGAUCAAUAGAUGAUAAUGUUCCAGCAUAUCAUUCUCGAUUGAUGAAUGCGCUGCUUGUCGGGGUUGGCCAGCCAGCCAACUAUUCAGAACUACGCGACAGAGGCCAUUGGUUUGAAGGUGUCAUGACAACACAGUCGAUGAGGGAUUUCUAUUCACUCUUUUUGAAGUGUGGAAUAUCGCAGAAGCAAACGCCACGCCAAUUCUCUUUCAUAGUGCCAAACUCGCAUGACAUGGGAUCUCGAUAUGGUAUUUUUGUUGAUCAGCUCUCCACUCCAGACCGAAUGGGUAAAGUUCACGCCCUCGUUAGUGAGACCGAAUCUGGCGUACAAUGGCGGUUAAAGACCACAAACAUCCAACGAUUGCGUUUGGAGCGUGUAUCAGGCCUCAACCUCGCUGCAGAUGAAGUGAUCCUCGAUAACAUGUUACUGCCUUUUGAGCUCAAGCAUGAGAAGGGGUCUGCCUUGUUCGUCAAGCGUGAUGCUGAUACCUGGACAAGGGAACUCAGACCCAAUUGGCAGCAUCUGGAGCAACGUUCUGGCCGACAGAGAGGCACUCUGGACGCUAUUCUCCGCAGCAGUGGUCCAUUUCAGCUGAUAUAUGGCUCUCCAGAGAUCCUUCCAAUUGCACUUCAGGCAAGCCGUAAUCUUCAUCAAUAUUAUGGUGCUGAUUCGAACAUUCUAUCAUGGCCAGACUAUCGGAAGGUUGUGGACAAAGGGGAAAGUAAUGUCAUUACCUUUGUGCAGGGAAUGAUCAGUCUACCAACUCGGAUUCCACACUUUCCCAUUAAUCUCCAAGAUGGGAGGGUGACUCUCACAGCGUGUAACGGAAGAAUAAUUUCUAUUCCAUUCACUCAAGGACUGGGAGGUGUUUGGCUACGACCUCUUCCAGAUGAAAGACUUGAACUUGUGGUCUGGGGUGCUGACACAAUUGGAUUAAAGCAUGCUGCGAGACUUGUUCCCACCAUAACCGGAGUGGGCCAACCUGACUUUGUCAUCUUGGAAGCAUCUGCACGGUGGAAGGGACAUGGAGGAGCAAUUGCAAUGGGAUUGUUUGACUAUGGAUGGAGAAUAUCCCCAGGAUCAUACCUUCCCUGA